AUGCUGUCAUCGCCGCAGGAUCCGGUACUCAGUAACGUACCUGGUCAAGGUGCGUCUGCGGUAAUUUCUCAACGGGCCAUGGGUCCGUAUGCUACUUCUUCGGCCGAAAACCCGCAGCGACGUCUUGUGGAUAGCGCAACAGACGAGGUCAACAAGCUGGGCCCAGGCCCGCUCGGUAUCAGCAGUAUGAUCUAG